AUGUCGUCGUCGCUCCUCCUCAGCGCAGCCUCGGGCGCCAUCUUUGGAUCGGCCCUGACUGCCUCAGGAGUCUAUUCGCCCUCGGUCAUUCUCGGGCAGAUGGGCCUUUCCAACUUUCAUAUGUUCAAAUCCUUUAUCGCGGCCAGCGCCUGCAGCGCUCUCAUCGUGGUCGGAGCCAAUCGAUCCGGCUAUGCUAGACUACCGCAUCGGACUGAUUCAUCCUACGGCUGGUUCAUGAAAUACGAUGCCAACGUGGUCGGAGGAUUGCUUCAGGGCAUCGGCAUGACCUUGACGGGCGCGUGCCCGGGUACUGUUCUCGUGCAGAUCGGGUUGGGAAUGAAGUCGGCAUGGAACGUUGCCGUUGGGGGAGUGCUUGCCGGUAUCGUUUUCGCGAGAAUUGGCCAGAGUCUCAAGCGGUCGCAAGCUACAGCGUCUUCCUCCUCCUCGGGCCCGUCCAAAUACACUCUGCAAGAGCAGACCGGUCUUUCCACGGGAUCGAUCGUGGCCAUCUACGAGCUUCUUUGUCUGGUCAUGCUUACAGCAGCGACCUAUCUCGCCCCGACGCGCAACUACUGGCUGAACCCUAUCGCCGGUGGCCUUCUGAUCGGCAUCGCUCAGGCGACUUCCGUCCUGUUCACCCGCAAAACCCUCGGUGUGUCCAGCGCGUACCAGGACAUUGGCAAGUACUUCUGGAGCAUCCUCGAGCGGACUCCCGGCCCCGGUCUGUCGAAUGUGCUGUUCGCCAGCGGCAUGGUUGCAGGUGCCAGGUUGAUCUCGCAAUAUGUCCCUGUGACUCUCGAGAAAACUUCUCCGGUCAGCACACCAGCCGCUGUCGCCGGUGGCUUUGCCAUGAUCUUCGGCGCUCGAUUGGCCGGUGGCUGUACCAGUGGACAUGGCAUUAGCGGCAUGUCGACCAUGAGUAUAAGCAGCUUCGUUACUGUUGCAAGUAUGUUCGCUGGUGGCAUUGCAGCAGCCUUUCUGGCGCAGUGA